CAAAUCGUUCCUCGUUUUUCGUGGGAAAGAAAUCUAAUAUGGCGGAUGCCAAUGUUUUAUUACACCGUUUUUCAAACUAAUUUUAUGUUUAAUUCUACGCCAUACCAAUAAAUUUAUUUUAUUUUAUUUGAGCUACCUGCAUUUGCUAGUGUUUUAGUGAUUUGUAUUGAAGUAGUGUAAUAAGAAACGUGUGAAAAUGAGCAAUUACGAAGACGAUCAAAGUGAGGAUGGUGAAUUGGCUCGUAGUCCUAUGCAAGAUGAGUUGGAUUUCAGUUUGUCUGAUGAAGAUCGAGACAACGCAGAUUCGCUGGUGAUAAAGCCCCCUCAGGCCAUUAUUCGCCCCUCACACAGGGAUAGAAGAGCUCACAAAAAAUCUAACAAAGACAGAAUACGGGAAACUUCUCGCAAAGACAAGAAACAUCUUUUCAGGGACCGGGAUAAACCAGAAAAAUCUAAAAGAGAUAUGGGGAAACCUCUUGAUCGUGAGGAACUGGCUAAAGAAUAUUACCGAGAAAAACAAUAUUUCAGAGAAAAGGAGGCCAGGGACAAAGAAAUGUAUCGUGAAAAGGAAGGGAGAGAUAAAGACAUCUAUCGGGAUAAACGGGAUAAAGAAUUGUACAGGGAGAAAGAAGCUAGAGAGAAAGAAGUAUACAGAGAAAAGAAUGUUCGUGAAAAGGAGGCUUAUAAAGAUAAAGAAAUUAAUAGGGAAAGAGAAGGUAUUUAUAAAGAAAAAGAAGUGUACCGAGAGAGAGAUCAUUACAGGGAAAGAGAAUUAUAUAGAGAUGGAGCUUCAUACAGGGAAGUCCCUAGACAAAGAGAUGUAUACAGAGAAAAGGAAGGGCAGAGAGAGAGAGAAGCAUAUUUAGCGCGAGAAGCUCAACCUAGAUAUGGAGAGCCAGAACGAAAACCAAGGAAAGAUGAUCGCAUAGAAUCAAGAUUGAGGUUGCUGGCAGAAGAAGGCAGUCAACCAGUGCAUAGUGAAAAAGAAAAUCGAGACAGGACAUCUGGUGACAAAGAAUUGGAAGAUUUGCGGUCAAGGUUACUUAGCAAAAGAAUUACUAAAGAACUUCAAAGUACAACUAGAGAUUCUAGGAAAACACAUGAUUAUUCGGAAAAAGAGAGUAAGUCGGAAAGACUUCCAACAUUAGAUAAGCACCAGCAGGAACGUCGAAAGAAAAUUCUGGAAGCUAAUCGAGAAAUGGAAAAGCGUAAACAUGAAUCUAGAACAGAGCUUCAAGCGAGACGCGAGGAGAGGCGCCGCCGCGGACUGAAGCGCUCUGUGACUCCGGAGCCGGAGGAAGCCUCUAAUAAAAAAAAUAAGACUGAAAAAUCUCCAAGAUUCGAAGAAGCCGUAGUAACCGUGUCUGAUGCUAGUGACGUAGAAAUGAAAAGUGAUGAUUCAAAUAACUCGGAGCCAGAAGAAGGUGAGCAUUCAAAGAGCGAUGACACGGAAGAUGAAAGCUCUAGCACGGACACGGAUUCCGAAGCAGAAUCCAAGUCUGAAGAUGAAAAAGACGAGGCAGACAAAUCAGAGAAUGAGGAAAACGACAAUGAAGGCGUCAAUGACAGGCCACGGUCGAACUCCCCUGAGAAAAAAUCUGCCCAUGACUCACCCUCAACCAAUGGAUCUAGAAGAUCCAGAUCACUUUCUAGAUCUAAGUCGAGGUCGCGCAGUAGAUCCCACUCGUUCUCGCCCCCGCCCCCCGGAGAGAACGGCAAGCCCACCGCCGACGAUGAGACCACCAAGGAGGAGGAUGACGAGGAAGCCAAGAGGAGAGAGGAACAAAUUAACGCACUACCUCCAUAUUACCCUGCCCUACAGGGCUGUCGUUCUGUUGAGGAAUUUCAGUGUCUAAACAGAAUAGAGGAAGGCACUUACGGAGUUGUUUACAGAGCGCGCGAUAAAACAACUGAAGAGAUAGUCGCUUUGAAACGCCUCAAAAUGGAGAAGGAAAAAGAAGGAUUCCCAAUCACAUCCUUGCGAGAGAUCAAUACACUAUUGAAGGGUCAACACCCCAACAUCGUCACAGUACGGGAGAUCGUCGUGGGAUCCAAUAUGGAUAAAAUCUUCAUUGUGAUGGACUACGUGGAACACGACCUCAAGAGCCUUAUGGAGACAAUGCGCGGGAAGAAACAAGUCUUCUUACCAGGGGAAGUGAAAUGCUUGAUGACUCAGCUAUUAAAAGCAGUUCAUCAUUUACAUGACAACUGGAUAUUGCACAGAGAUCUUAAAACGAGUAAUCUGUUGCUCUCGCACAAAGGAGUUUUGAAGGUGGGCGACUUCGGUCUAGCCCGUGAAUACGGCUCACCGCUCCGUCAGUACACACCCAUAGUCGUGACCCUCUGGUACCGCGCGCCUGAACUGCUGCUCUGCUGCAAGGAGUAUUCCACGCACAUCGACAUGUGGAGUGUGGGCUGCAUAUUCGCAGAGUUUAUCACCAUGAACCCACUGUUCCCUGGCAAGUCUGAGGUCGACCAGUUGAAUAGGAUAUUUAAGGACCUAGGCACGCCGUCCGAAUCCAUAUGGCGCGGCUACAGCGCUCUCCCAGCAGUCCAGAAGAUGACGUUCGCAGAGCACGGCGCGGGCGGGCUGCGGCAGCGCGUGGGCGCCGACCUGCUGUCAGAGGCGGGGCUCGCGCUGCUCAAUGGCUUUCUCACGUACGACCCGGCGAACAGGAUCACUGCUGAUGCGGCGCUCGAUCAUGCGUAUUUCAAGGAGCAACCGGUGGCGAUCGACCCGGCGAUGUUCCCCACGUGGCCGGCCAAGUCGGAGGGCGGGCGGCGCGCCACGCACAGCCCGCGCCCGCCCGCCGGCGGCGCCGCCUACGCGCUCAACUCGCGCUCCGACUCGGAUGAGGCGCUCGGCUUCAGAGUGCACCAGCCGCGCUCCAUCAACGUGGCGCCCGGCUUCUCGCUCAAGUUCUAGUACGGUCAGUGUGCAACGGUUCACGAUAGAUAAUGAGAAUUAAAAAAAACAAAAACUCACGCCUUGUACUAAUGUACUCCGUUGCGGGGUAGGCAGAAGUGCAUUGAGAAUUCAACUUUUUUUUUGAAAAAUUUAAGUUAGUUACUUUUUUUCUGCAAUCGGAAUUGAAGGGUUUCUUUUGGAAAUCGAAACAAUGUCAGUAAGUUUUUUUUUGCAAAAUUAGGAUGUUACAGAAUUAUUUUAUGUUGAGUGAGGAUUUCAAUGAUGACAGAAACAAGAAAAGUUGUAUUGUUGUAAAAAACCUUCAAUAAAAUGCACAGCAGCACGUGAUACCAACACAGCACAUGUUUGUGUUGACAGCAUGUUGCAUGUAUCUGCUGCCGGCUGAAAAAAACAUGCCGAGUAAAUAUUAUUAGGAGCAAUAUUACUACAGAACAGUGGUAAACUUGAUAAACUUUCGUGAACCGAAGUGUACCGUCGUUAUUUUUAGUAUAAUCUAACUUAAAAACUUAAAAUUUCCACUGUGAUCGAUCUAAUGAAUACCUACACUUUACUGAAAACUUGUAAUGUAAAUCCUUGUAAGACCUUGCAAAAUGAGACUAGCGGGCAACUCACAAUUAUGUAUUUAGUAAAGUUUUCCUCAAACAUGUAUGUGUAAAACACUAUAGUCUUGCAUAAUCGUUUUGAAAGAUUUACUAGUUAUUUUUGUAUCAAUGAUAUUUUUGGAUAAACCCAAUAGAGUAUAACAGGUGUGUAAUUUUUAUAAAGAAUACAUCACACUACUUAUUGCCGGAGACUGCCAUAACUUUAAUCUAUUUGCGUGGCUUUAAAUUCAUCCAAAGUGCAGAAACCGUAUACGUAACGGCUUUUCAACAUGUACAUAAGUUAUAUUGAUUCACUUGGAAUGCAAAAAAAAUAUUAUGUAAAUACGAAUUAUCUGUUCAGCAGUUUUAAUUCUUAGCGUUAUAUGUACUUCAGUUUAAGGUAGUAGUAAUAGUUAUUAAUUAUGAACCAAUGGUACAAUACAUUGUCUUGACAAAA